AAAACUUUGGCGAAAUUUCUCUCAUUUCUACUUGUCUGAAGUUCGUCUACGAUGGAGGAAGAGAAGGUGAGGAUUCGUCUGGUGUUUGAAGACCGACGGAUUCUUAGUAAGUAUCAGAAGAAGCAAGGUUUAACACGGAGCUGGGUUGUUCUGAAUCGUAAAUGUCACCGAACUGUAUCAGAGUUUUCUAAUCAUCUCUUUCGCACAUUCAGCCUCUGUGAAGCUUGUCCUCAUGGCCUUACUCUAUCUAUGGAUGGUUUCGUUUUGCCACCAUUCGAGUCGAGCAGUGUAUUGAAGGAUAAAGAUAUCGUUUGUGUUAAGAAGAAGAAAGGGUCUUUGUUGGAGAUUGUUGGGGAAGACAGCGAGGAUAAUGUUGACAACGCUAUUGAGGUUGAGGAAAGGCCUCAGAUUCGUCCUGGUGAAAUGCUUCUUGCUAAUGAGGAGUUCCAGAAGGAAACUGGAGGAUAUGAAAGUGAAUCUGAGGAAGAUGAGGUUGAAGAGGAAGCAGAAGAGUUUGUGCCAGAGAAGAAGACUUCUAAGAAACGUAAAGCUUCCAGCAAAAGCCUAAGCUCCAAGAGGAAGAAGUGUAAGUUAGCUACUACUGAGGAAUCUCCCGAGGAAAGAGAAAACAUAGCUGUUGUUAGCAAUGUUGUGAAGAAGAAGAAAAAGAGAUCAUCGGAUGUACAAAGAGCUGAAAAUGAUGAACAGGAUAACGGUAACACCAAGCCCAUGGCCAAUUCAAAGAGGUUGUUGCAAGAAGAAGAGAGCAAAGAGCCUAACGAUCUGUGCCAACUAUCUGCUGAAACUAAAAAGACACCUAGCAGAAGUGCUCGACGUAAAAAGGCGAAACGGCAAUGGUUGAGAGAGAAAACAAAACUAGAGAAGGAAGAGCUUCAACAGAAGCAGUUGGUUGUAGCACCCAGUCAAAAACCAGUCAUCACUAUAGAUUACCAAGCAACUGAGGAAAAUCACUGUGAAACUCUUGAAAGUCAACAGCCAGAUGAACUUAGUGAUGGUGUCGGGGAUGAAGUGGUUCCUGUGGAAGUGAGGCCAGGUCACAUUCGCUUCAAGCCGCUCGCUGGAACAGAUGAAGCUCCCCUUGAAAGUGAACCUCCUGCGGAAAAAUUCUUGUGGAAUGGAAACAUGACGAAGAAGAAAGGACAGAAAUGGGGCACAGAGAAGACAGGAUUUUCAAAACGAUAUGCUCAGGAUUUCAAUGAAGAUACUACUUAUCAGACAAAGCCCGCUGAAGCAGAGACACUUGCUAAGGGUCCGAUCGAUUAUGAACGGCUUGUGGCUUACACUGGCUCAAUAAAGAAAGGAGAUGUUAUUGCAUACCGCCUCAUUGAGCUAACAUCAUCUUGGACUCCCGAGGUUUCCUCUUUUCGGGUUGGGAAGAUAAGCUACUAUGAUCCAGACUCCAAGAAGGUGACUUUGAUGCCUGUUCAAGAAUUUCCAAUCGAGAAAAAGACAGAAGAGGACGACGAUUUCUCCAUGGAACCUGAUACAUCUCUUUAUAAAGAAGACGGGUCCUUGGAGAUAGAAUUUUCUGCUCUGCUCGAUGUCCGCAGUGUCAAAACUAGCAGCUCAGAUUCCGCAGAAGUCGCCAAGUCAGCACCGCCCGAGCCUGACCAGUCAGCUACAAAGCUAAAGCUAAGCGCAAACAAAGAUUUGCAAACCCCUAUAAAAGAAAAUGGAAAAGUGAACCCUUGGGAAGAACUAAGUGAAGCUUUAAGUGCGAAAAAAGCAGAGUUGUCUCAGGCCAACAAUGGGUGGAACAAGAAAGGGAGUUCAAGUGGAGGAGGCUCAUGGUCUUACAAGGCACUGCGAGGCAGUGCUAUGGGUCCCGUAAUGAACUAUCUCAGAUCUCAGAAAGAGAUUUAAGAAAUCAGUACACAUCUCUAGAAGAAAUUCUUAUGCUUCUUUCUUCAUUUUGGAUAUGAAAAACUCAGACAAGAGUAGAGAAAGCCAUUUUGUUUUUAUGAUGUUAAUGCACUGCUGAGCUUUCUAAGGGUAAAGGUUUAUGUAUAGAGAAAAACGAUGCAUGUCUACUACUCUCAAGAUCUUUUUAAAUUUUAUGGGAAUAGAACUUUAUGUUUGUG